AUGUUUCAGUCAUCGAAACCCUAUUCGGCGGUGACCGUUCAGAUCGAGGUCCUUACUAGCGAACAAUAUGAAGUCGAUGACUCGAGCGGUAUCGUUGACCUGGUCGAGGUCAUUCGCAUCCAAGCCAGCGGCCCGACAGAAGCCAGCCGUGCUCUGCGCAAGAAACUGAAAUAUGGCAACCUUCAUCGCCAAUUGCGUGCGCUCACAAUUCUUGACUUUCUGAUCCAGAAUGCUGGAGAUCGGUUCCUGCGCGAAUUUGCCGACGAGCCGUUGCUCGAACGACUCCGUAUCGCCGGAACAGAUCCAGUUUCGGAUCCGCUGGUGAAGCAGAAAUGCAAAGUGAUGUUUGGACAAUGGGCGGCAACUUACAAGGACACGCCCGGUAUGGCCAAAAUCACCGCCCUUUAUAAGCAGCUCCCAAAGCGCAAGCAGCCUGCAUCCCAGGCCAAGGCAAAAGUUCUCCGUGAAGGAGGGAAUAACAGUAAUGAACCACCCAUGGGACAUACGGUUUCCGUAUCGGCUGGGAAUGGACCCUCAAGAAACCUCAGCAGCCCCAAACCGAAGUCAAAAUCAAAGGACAAGGAUAAGAAGAGGGACAAGAAACUCUCGAUCAGCAGUAGGAAUUUUAGUUUGGAGCGCGAGCGUCCUCAGAUCCUGGAAACCAUUGCCUCCGCCUCCGUCGCCAGCACUAAUCUGCUGAAUGCACUGAAGCUCGUAAACCGCGAGACAACUCGCGUGAGCGAGGACGCGGAAUGCGUCAAUCGCUUUGAGAUGUGCAAGAAGCUUCGGCACCAGAUUCUCCGAUAUAUCCAACAGAUAGAAAGCGAGGAGUUUCUCGGAGGAUUGAUCCAUGCCAACGAAGAGCUAGUGACGGCCUUGAUGGCGUUUGAAGUUCUAGACAAGAGUGUGGACUACGACAGUGACAGUGAGGAUGACGUUCUGUCAGGGAACUGGAGGUCGAAGGCCGAGAUCGAGGAGGAAAUGAAUCAAAGCUUCAGUGGCCUUAGCAUUAACCCUCCCAAGCCACCUCGCCCGAACCGAAACAGCCUUCCGACUGCUUCAUCGUCGCAGCAUUCCCGGCAAAUAUUUGAAAGCGAGAGCGAGACAGAGUCCGAGGAAGAAGAAGACGAUGAGGACAAUCCAUUCGGAGAUCGGAAUGCCAUCAAGACGCCUGCUGUUGAGGCUACAGGAUAUACCUGGUAG